CCCGUCUGCGGACACGAAGCGACAUGGCCGACGCCGCCAACGACACAGGCUCACGCAAUGCGAUCAUCUUGGUUGUACUGACCAUCGUCCUAUCUAAGGUGCUUGAAGUGCUCUACCGUCGGUACACGUUGAACAUUGGCACGAACACCAGCUUGGUCACGCUCAAGCCCAACUCAACCGUGAUGUUGAAGCUCGUUGAGAAGGAAAUCCUGUCCCACGAUACGCGGCGCUUCCGCUUUGCUCUCCCGACGGAGCACCACGUACUUGGCCUUCCAGUCGGCCAGCACAUUUCGCUCCGGUACACUGACAGCGAAGGGAAGCUUGUCAUGCGUUCGUACACCCCCGUGAGCUCGGACGACGCGGUGGGGUACGUCGACUUGGUUGUCAAGGUCUACUUUAAGAACGUGCACCCCAAGUUUCCCGAUGGAGGAAAGAUGUCUCAAUAUUUGGAGUCGCUCCAGCUUGGCGAUGCCAUCGAAGUGUCCGGUCCCAAAGGGAAACUCACGUACAAGGGAUUGGGGGUGUUCGAACUCAAGCACCGUGUGAACGACACCGAAGUCGAAGUGCGCAAGGCCAAAAAGAUCGGCAUGAUUGCUGGUGGCACGGGCAUCACUCCCAUGCUGCAAGUGAUUCGAUAUGCGUUGAAAAACCCGAACGAAAAGACCGAGUUCUCCAUCUUGUUUGCCAACCAGACCGAAAACGACAUUUUGUGCCGCGACGAACUCGACCAAAUGGCCAAGGAGCACCCGAAUGUCAAGGUCUGGUACACGGUCGACCGCGCGACCGACUCGUGGAAGUUCUCGACGGGUUUUGUCACGAAAUCCAUGAUCGAAAAGCACUUGUUCGCCCCGAGCCCGGAUGUUCAAGUCUUCCUGUGCGGCCCGCCGCCCAUGCUCAAGUUAGCCGUCGUUCCCGCCCUUGAGGAGCUCGGAUUCACGCCGGGCAUGCACUUUGCCUUCUAAGCCAAGCAAACAAACCGUUUUUCACCUCAUGGUUUCAACUCCGAUGCUCGAUAUCUUCAUGCAGUGCACGGUCCAGCAGAAUUCGUGGCUGUUUGCAUGCCUAGUUGCAGACAUGUCGAAUGGAUGGCUGGCUCUGCAACGAUUUUUUGCCAUGCUCGUCGCUCGCGCAAAACGCGAGCUCUAUCUAGCCCAGACGACGGUAG